GAAUAAUCCAGUAUGCCUAUUGUACAUUUAGCGCAUUUAUGAAUCCCAAUAACGUCCACCAGCCGACUCUCUCGGCAAUUUGAACCUGGGGACGAGGUUAAUGAAUCCCCAACAAAGUCUCUGGUCACAGUUCAGGAAAGGAACCGGGGCUUCGUUUGGGUUAAGAAACCAAGCUGAAAAGGAUAGCAAAACCGGCCUCAUUAGAUCGGAAUACAUGACUUCUUAAUAUGACUUCUUAGAAAGUCCAUCAACACUGACAGAUGUUCAAGGAACAACCCUGCAAGACUGAAGGGGGUUGUGUCGUGUACUGUAAGUGGGAGACCCACCAUCUCACUAUCAUUCGGAGGAAGCAGCGAGCCACAGGGAGGACUUACGAUGUGGUUAACAAGGAAAAUGAAAUGGCCUGUGUGCAGAACAUGUAAGAGAUCUUCUACAUGGACCCAUGGGAGUUUCCACCCACUGCCCCCCAUGCUAACAAGACUGACAAGGCUGGUUCAAAAGACAAUGACUACUUCACAGAGUUGUCAAAAGACCACAAUACAAUGACGGAGGUGCUCUUUGGAAGAAAUCUGAGACUCAAUCUAGCCUUGACCCUGUGGCGAAGAAAUGUUGGAGAACUGCUUACAUAUUUUUUAAGUCUUGCCGAUGAGUCAGAGUCAUCCAGUGUUUCCAUUGGCUGUUGUGUUGACCUUUUCCCUCUAGUGAAAAAGGUCCUCACUAGUCCAUAUGAAGACUACCUGGUAGUUGGUUAACGAUGGGUACAAUCAGUGUUGAAACAUUGGUGGCCAGAGCGCUCAACAAGUCGAGGUACUAACGCUCAAUCUAUGGAUGGGGAGGUUUUAACAGAAUAUAUAUGGCAAUCUAUCGUAACUUUGGUAAUUUAUACUUGAAUAACUUAAAAAAAAAAAUGUAUUCAUAUACAGUAUUAAUUUAUUAUGUCUGUGUCCAUAUUGUCCAUGAGUUUAGUAGAUAGACUAUACAUAGUUCAAGAGAAAAUAGCCUAAUUAAUGAAAAAAAGCAUCUAAUCAACAAUUACAUUA